AUGUCCGACGAGUCACCGCAGCCGCCAGCGCCGCCAGCGCAGGCGGCCGAGAAGAGCCAGCCCGCCGAGCAGGCGGCAGGCGGCUGGGGCGGAUGGGGCCUCUCCAUCUUCUCAGAGAUCUCCCGCAGCGCGGUGGAGGUUGCUAAGAGUGCCAUCGCUGACAUUCAGCAACCGCCGGAGCAGGAGACGGGACCCGGUAGUGGCGAGAAGGAUCAAGGGAAGGAACCGGAGGGGGAGGAGGAGGAGCGACGCAAGGCGUCUCUGGACAAGCUGGAGAAGGCCAGUGAGGACUCAAUCCUGGGCCAGGGGCUGAAGGCCUUUGAUAGCUCGGUGGAGACCAUCACGACUGGUACUUGGCAAACUCUUGGGACCGCAUGGAAGAGUGGUUCGCUAUUUGUUCAAAAAUUGGAAAGUUCAGCUUCAAGCUUGGCCGAAACCAUUCAGCAAGGAGAACUGCCCGCCAAAGCAUCUGCGAUAGCACCAACCAUUUUAGAGACAGGGAAGUCAUUUACAGCAAAAGGAAUGGAAGUGCUUGAACGUGUUGGAAAGGAAACAAUGGAGUUUAUUGUCGAAGAAACUGGUAUGGAAGUUGAUAAAGGUAGUAAUGGUGAAGGUGACCAGCAGACAGAAGAGGAACAGUUUGAAGAAGUCUCAUUUGACAGAUGCUUCUAUAUUUAUGGAGGGCCUGAUCAAUUGGAGGAGCUGGAAGCAUUAUCAAGCCACUAUGCAUUGUUGUUUAAUAGGAAAAAGGGAAAACUUAGUACUGAGCAGAAAACAUUUUAUGAUGGAAAGCUUAAAGAAAUACAACAGAUUUUUAGUCUUAGCACCAAUGUUGACGAAGAUGGACCAGAAUCUGACAAAGGGAAGAAGAUUGAAUCAGCUAACACUGACACUGAUGCUGAGAUGAAGAAGUUAUGUGAAUCCAGUGUUAGCAAGGCUGCUAAGAUGGCUGCAGGGUUCACCACUGCCUUGGGUGGGCUUUCUCCAAAUGAGAUUAUCAAACGGACCACUAAUAGGCUUGAGACCAUUCACUCAGAGGGUGUUCAUAAAUUAUCAGAGAUGUGCUGCCUUGCAGUUUCUCAGCUUCUGGUGCUAGGAAAGUCAGUAAUAUCUUCUGCCAAUAAAUCAAAGAAUGAAGACGAUGAAAAUGAUGUUAAGAUUGAUUGGCCUGAAGAUCCUAUUUCAAAAGCAAAAAUAAUCAGAUGGAAGGCGCAAUCCAUCUCUGUGGACAUGGAAAAGGUGUCUACUAGUUUUGCUACAGGACGUGAAUUUCAAAUUUCACAAAUGCCAACUCAUUUGUCUAUAGGUAUCUCGGAUGUCGCUGAAGCUUAUGCGGCAGCUAUGCAAAAUGCUCUUGCUGACAAGCAGGAUGACCUCCCAAAUCAAAAGUCUUUGCAGGAGAAGGUUAAGUCCAUAUCCAUCCAUCUUAACUCCGAUCAGACCAGUGCUGUCAGCAAGCUACAAGACGCUCUGCGGUACCUGGCCCACGUUGUCGUAUGCGCUUCAAUGCCAAGUGUGUAA